GCGGCCGGCAGGAGGCGCCGCGCGGAGCUCUCGGCUGGGCGCUGCGCUAACGGCGGGCGUGGGAGCCGCGCGGGACGCGGCGGCAGCGGCGGACGGUGCUGGUGCUGAGUGCGGACCCUCCGGAGCCCGCACCAUGUUCUAUGGGACCCACUUGGUCAUGUCGCCACCGUCCACGCGCAGACUGAAGCGCCAGGGCCAGCUGCUGAGCGGCGUGCUAUCCCGCACACUGAGCUCCAAGUCCCGCGGCCUGGAUGCCCCCUGCAGCCCUGGCGCUGGCGAUGACCCCGCUGAGCUGUCCACGCAGCUCUCGGCGCCCGGGGUGCUGAAGGUGUUUGGGGACAGCGUGUGCUCGGGUGCCCACUACAAGAGCGUCCUGGCCACGGGCGCGUCGAGCGCCUGCGAGCUGGUGAAGGAGGCGCUGGAGCGCUACUCGCUGAGCCCCGAGUGCGCCGGCCACUUCGUGCUCUGUGAUGUGGUGGGCCAGGCUGGCGGGGGCGGGCGCCAGUGGCGGCCCGAGGGCCUUCGUGUGUUCGGGGACCACGAGAAGCCGCUCCUGGUGCAGGAGCUGUGGAAGCCCCGGGAAGGCCUGGCCCGGAGGUUUGAACUGCGGCGGCGGUCGGACGUAGAGGAGCUGGCCGCCCGGGACGUGGACACCAUGACCGCAGGCAUCAAUGCCCAGGCCCGGAGACUGCAGCGGAUCCGCGCCAAGGGAACCCCAGCCCUGGCCUCGGGGGGCACCCAGAGCCCCCCGCUGCCCCGGCUGCGUCGUACCGUCAGCGAGACCAGCCUGAGUCCGGCCCCUGUCCCGUCGGACACUGCCCGCGACCCCGAUGAACCGGGCCGGACUGCCCUGCGCGGCUGCCUGGACGAGUGUCCACACCUGCUGCUUCUGCAGGGCUAUAGCCCCCAGCACGACAGCCUGGUGUACGUGCUGGGCCGGGAGCGCCACACCGUGGGCCAGCGGACGCCGUCCAGCAAGCCGAGCAUCAGCCUGUCGGCGCCGGACAUCCUGCCGCUGCACUGCACGCUGCGCCGCCGCGCGCCGGCCGCCGGGGAGCCCGGGCCGCGCCUGGUGCUCGAGCCCAUCCCCGGGGCGCCGGUGUCCGUCAACUUCGCUGAGGUGGGGGACCGCGCCGUGCCGCUGCGCCACGGGGACCUGCUGGCGCUGGGCCUCUACUACCUGCUGCUGUUCAAGGACCCCGCCCAGGCGCAGCCGCUGCCCGCCCAGGCUCUGGCCCGCCUGCGCGCUGCGACGGCCCCCGCGCCCCUCGGCUGCCGCCUGUGCGGGGCGGCGCUGCGGGCCCCGGCCGGGCCCCCGCGCCCGCGGCCGCUGCAGCUGGAGUUCGACGAGGACGCAGAGGACGCGCUGCUGCAGCGCAUCCUGACGCUGGUGGAGCCGGGUGGCGACGAGCACCCGCUGACGCCCGCCUUCCUGCUGUGUCUGUGCGUGCGCCACGCGGCCACCCGCCUGCCGCCCGGCGCCUUCGGGCCGCUCCUGCUCAAGAUGGCCCACGCCAUCCAGGACACGGUCUGGGAGAAGGCCAAAGAGCUGGCGGAGAAGCAGGCGCACCUCCCGGAGCCCAUGUCCCCGACCAGCGUGUCCAUGGCCGGCCUUGCCCCUGACCUGCAGCACCUCCUCUUCUGGAUGGCCAACGCCGUGGAGCUGCUUUACUUUGCGCAGCAGCAGUGUCCGUGUUACAUGCAGAGCUUGGAGGAGGAGCUGGACGUCACAGGCUCCAAGGAGUCGCUGUUCUCCUGCGCGCUGACGGCCAGCGAGGAGGCCAUGGCCGUGCUGGAGGAGGCCGUGCUGUACGUCUUCCAGCAGUGCGUGUACUACAUCUCCAAGUCCCUGUACGGCUGCCUGCCGGGCCUGCUGGAGGGCCCCCCCUUCCAGACGGAGCCCCGGGAGAGCCGCGGCUCGGGCCCACAACUGCCGGAGGAGCUGCGCCGCGUCGUGGCCAUCUACGAGGCCACACUGGAGCUGCUGGGCCAGCUGCGGGUGCACCCCGAGAUGGCCGCACAGCUGCUGGCCUACCUGCUGUUCUUCUCGGGCAUGCUGCUGCUCAACCAGCUGCUGGACAAGGGCCCCUCUCUGAGCUGCUUCCACUGGCCACGCAGCGUCCAGGCCUGUGCCCGCCUGCAACAGCUGCUGGAGUGGACCCAGGGCGCAGGAUGUGGGGAGGCUGCCGAGGGCUUCUUCCGGAAACUUUGCUGCACGCUCGACCUACUGGCCACGCCCAGUGCCCAGCUCAUCCAGAUGAGCUGGGCAGACCUGCGGGCCACUUUCCCGGCUCUGAGUCCCCCGCAGCUACACCGCCUGCUGACGCAGUACCAGCUGGCCUCGGCCAUGGGCCCCAUGAGCGCCUGGGAGCCGGGCGCCCCGGACAGCGCCGAUGCCGUGCAGUCAGAGGACGUCCUGGAGUCCUACGAGCACCCCCCACCCAUCGUCCUGCCCAGCGCGGGCUUUCAGGUGGACCUGGACGCUGCCUGUCCGGACGAGCGCCUAUACCGACACCUGCUCUAUCUGCGUCACUUCCUGCGGGGCCUUCGCAGCUCACAUGCCCCCGAGUGCCCUGAGGGCUCACCACACCCUAGCCCUGAGGGGCCCCCUCCUCCCCCCGGGGCGCCUUCAGCACCUCCUGGACGGCAGUCUGGCCGCAGUGGCCGUGGGGGCCCCCCAGCCAGUGCCUCCACUACAGACUCGGGCCUGCUCACGCCUCCCAGCACGCCUCUCGGUCCGGAGCCACAGGCCCCCAGCUGGCCAGAGCCCAGUGGCUCCUGUGGGAAGGCCCUGCUGAACAGCUGGAGGGACGCCCCCCAGGGAGACUGUGCCUCCGAGGACGAGCCCCUGGCACCCCCUGGAGCCCUCGGCUGCGGCCCCGUGUUCCUGGUGGAGCUGGAGCGUGGCCCCUGCGGGCUGGGCAUGGGGCUCAUCGACGGGCUGCACACGCCCCUGGGCGCCCCCGGACUCUACAUCCAGACGCUGCUGCCUGGCAGCCCCGCGGCGGCUGACGGGCGCCUCUCGCUGGGGGACCGGAUCCUGGAGGUGAACGGCAGCAGCCUGAUAGGCGUCAGCUACCUGAGAGCAGUGGAUCUGAUCCGACACGGGGAGAAGAAGAUGCGGUUCCUGGUGGCCAAGUCUGACGUGGAGACCGCCCGGCGGAUCCGCUUCCGCACGCCGCCCCCCUAGCCCUGCACAGCCGGCGCCCGGCACAGUUCUCCAUGCAGACUCAGACUCGAGUGGGGAGGUGCUCAAUAAACUCUUUCACAUGA